GCCAUUUUGAAACGUUGCCCCGUUGCCGGCGGUCGUUUCUGUUGCACGUAUUUUUUUUUUAGUUUAUAGCUCAUUGUAAAUUACGCAAAUUCGUUUUCGGAGCCGGUACGGCACCCACGCUUCAAAAAUCGCGGGGGCGAUCGGAGGCUUCGCGCUAAACGUGUGCGCACGCUGCCAGAAACACACGCCUCGCGUUAAAAAAAAAAUAAAAAAUAAAGUGACCCGCGCUCGAUUUUCGAACCCGUGACAGUGAUUGGUCGGUAAAGUGACAAAUGACCCGGAAAUCGGUUGAUUUGGUUUCAUGAAUGGAGUGUAAUAGGAAGUGACGUCAUGCGUAGUGUUGCCAGUUCGGUUCGGAGCUGUUUGUUGACAAUGAGCGAUCAUUAGAGCAGAAAGAAUGAGGUUGAGCGGUAUAGUGGGAUUGCUCCUCGCGUUAAAACUAUCAGAGGGUCAGUGGAGGUGUCCAUCGUUAAGCAGCAGACCGGCGGCCGAGUGCUCCUGCGACCUGCCUCACACGUUGAGGUGUACCGGUGACCACACGGCGUUACAAAUAAUCGGACGUCAUCUUCGAGAGCAGAGGGCGAGAAAUAAGAACACCGCCAUAUCAUUAUUGGACUGCGCUUUGCGUGGAGUUACUGUACUCACUUCGGCGUCAGUGCAAGAGUUGGCUGGUGUUGGACUGCACGGGCUGGUGAUUUCAUCAGGAGACAUUAGACGGGUGCAGCAAGGAGCGUUUGUUAGUCUUUCGUCUACACUAAUGGCUUUGGGUUUACCCAACAACCAAAUGCCUUCAGUGCCAACAGAAUCUUUAUUGCGUUUGUGGAGUCUAGACAGAUUGGAUUUGUCUAAUAACAAGAUACACAAUUUGGAAUCUAAUUCCUUUAAGGGUAUAAAGAACCUUACUUACUUAGACAUAAGUGACAACCAAUUGACAGAUAUUUCUCCUGACGCAUUCAAGCCACUGGUGAAGUUGACAGUUCUAAGGCUUCGCGGGAAUCUACUUAAAGUAUCCGCUUUGGGAUCGCUUAAGGAAGCACACAUGUUGAAGGAAUUGGAUCUAUCAAGUAAUGCCCUAGAAGGCCCUUUGUGCUCGAAUACAGUACCGGCUUUGAGUCGUUUAGAAACCUUACAGCUAUCUGACAAUACCUUUGCCAGCAUCCGACGGGGCGCGUUAGCUGGUCUGUCGAAUUUAACAAGUCUGAAUCUACAUAACAAUCAGAUUGACGUCUUAGAAGAUUACGCUUUCAAGCAUUUGACUAAUUUGACGGAUCUGGAUUUAUCUCAUAAUGAGAUAGUUGCAGUUUCAAGUGCAUCUCUAGCUCAACUAUUCAACUUACGCCGUCUCGAUUUAUCCCACAAUUUCCUCCGUUCGCUCUCCGCGGAGCCGCUGAAGUCACUGCAGAGCCUGACAGAGUUGUAUCUUCAUGAUAACGAUGUGUCUAUGAUAGAUGACGGCGCUUUGGCUCAGCACAGGGGCCUCGGUCGCUUCACUAUUGAAGAUAAUCCAUUGAACUGUGACUGUUUAAUGGCUAGCUUCGCUAGGUGGCUUCGCGAGGCGCAUUUAUCUCAAGCGGAUAAAUCGGCAGCUGUUUGCACGACGCCCCCUCAUUUAGAAGGGGGCCUUAUAUCCAGAUUAUCGAAAAACAAAUUAUGCGAUGACAACGACCACGUUGAAGCGAAGCUAAAAGAAAAUUAUGACUUUAAUAAAGAAAAUACGAUAUCUUUUAAUGAAAAAGAUGGAGAAGGAAGCAGUUUAGACGAUGAUUCAUAUUUGGAUAAAAUAGAUGGAUUAGAUGAUGACGUGUACGACGAAGAAUUAGAGGUUCCUUCGGAAGAAGAUUUGCCGAUCUCCAAAUCUAAGGUCCGUCUUCUGGAUGCCUGGUAUGAAGAUGAAGAGGUCCAUCUGUCGUGGGUGGUAGACCCACCUUCGACGAGACAUUACCGGUGCACGGGAGUGACCGUGUCCAGGGGUGGUGGAAUAGCGAAACACGUGGCUUGUCACCGGGCUUCACCAGCCAAUAUUCUGUUAAGGGGACUAAAGAUAGACCCUCUCGAUCAGUAUACCUUCUGUCUGGCGUUAGAAGAAAUGGACGACAUGGAUGUUCCUCUGUCUCUGGUGUUAGGCUGUGGUCCGCCUCAGGUUGUGAGGAAACGCGCACCGUUUGCUACGGCUGUGCCAGUCGUUGUUACCGCUUCACCGGGAAUCGAAAGUUACAGGGUCUCCGAAGUACGAUCCAACGUGACCAGUGACGGUGUACUGACAGUACUCAUCUCGAUAAUGGGUUUACCACAGCGCUUACAGAAUCUCAGAUCGCAGCAUACCGACAUGAAAUACCCGUUUAACUGUUUUGUGGUUUUAGCAGUUCUCUCUGAGGGUUCUUUGGUGGCCCAAAAGGACACCCGUUGUCAGUCCAACCUGGAGGUCACCAUGGAAGGCCUAAUAAGAGGACCUUAUGAAGUGUGUGCCACCUUAUCCAAAUUCAAGAGAGAAGAUGCUCAUCCAAUCUGCGUGGUGCCUCAACUGUUAGAGCCAUUCGGUUCUCAAAUCAAGGCGAGCUUUAGGGGCCUUAAUACAGCAUUGAUAGGGAUCGCUUUAUGCCUGAUGAUCGUGGUUGUGGCUUUAAUAUGCUUCGUGAGGAAAAUGCUGAAGAAACAUACCGAUUUUGAAGGUCACAGAUGCUUUAGGCCUGAUCCGGUGCAAGAACCGGACAGUCCUAGAGCGAAUUACGUGAUGCUGACAGCUACUUCUAAAUUAUGAGCUUAUUGUACUAGUCUUUUUUGUUAGUCUUUGGUUUAUUUAACGAGGGUGGCAGGAAUAUUUUUAUUAGAAAAAUUUGCUGACUUUGUGCGAGAAGUUGUAACAAUGUUAAUUAUUAUAAGAAACUGUUCAUUACUCUUAAUUGUAAUCACGAAAGUUUUACGUUAUCGAAAAGGGGAAUUUGUUUGAGAAUUUAACACCGAACCUUUCGUGAGAUAAAAUUUUGUAAAUAUAAUUUAUCUAGUACUAGCGGACCCGGCGAACUUUGUUCCGCCACACUGUUUGUUUUAAACACGUCAACUUCAAAAUUCUACUAUAAUUAACCAUAGAGUAUAUUACGUUUAGCUGUCAGUUGCGUUUUGUUAUUCCAUAUCAGUUGCGUUUUGUUACACCACGUUUUAUGACACGUCCCACGGGAAUGUGAUAAAUAUCCUAUGUCCUUCUCCUGGUUCUAAGCUACCUCCUCACCAAUUUUCAGCCAAAUCAGCCAUUCUUGAGUUAUAAAUAGUGUAACUAACACGACUUUCUUUUAUAUAUAUAAAGAUACAGGAAUCAAUGUUUGUUUUUUUAUAUUUUGUACGCUUGUAUAUUGUUCGUACGAUUGCGAUUAAAUAUUGUUAAUUUAUUGCUUGAACACGCACGAAGCUUAUUAACAUAGUGCCAUUAUCCUACAACUUAUGUUGCAGGGUUUUUCAUGUACUCAGCAAGGCCACAACGGAGUGUGACCGGUUUUCAUUAGUAAAGAACAAAAUAGUCUUGUUCAAUUUAGAUUUAGAAGUCCUUACUACGGGUUAGUUCAAUAUUGAUUAUGACAUGCAUAAUAGCGAAGCUUUACUUAAUUGUACUUACUCCUUGUAAUUAAUUUGUAUGAGAAAUUUAAUCAGAUGAAAUUUAAUUAACUAGUGGUCCCGCAGUAGUCGAAAUUCGACUAUAAUUAAUUGGAAUUGUAAGUUUGUACACUAUUAUGAUUGUAUUUUAUACUUCUAUAAACACAAAUUUCGCCAAGGCUACUCUAUAAAAAAAAUUUAUAAAGACAAAAAUAAUAUUUAAUUUUAAUCUAUUCUCAAUUUGACCACAGACGUAAAGAACAAAAGUUUGACAUUAAAUAAAUAGUGUGCAUGCGUGUGUGCGUCAAAUACAUGGUAUAUAGUGUGUGUAAUGUUUUCUUUAUUGAUUUAAUGUAUCUUUUAUGCAUUAUUUAAAAAAAAAUAUUAGCAUUGUGCACUCUUUCUUUACACUCUCUAUAAGUGUGGAAAAUUGCAUACUCCUCCGUCCGCGCAAUUUUCGUAAAAAGGGAUACAAAGUUUUUGCUUCACGUAUUAAUAUAUAGAUUUGUAUAGGUAUCAAAUGUUUUCUCAACAUUGUCAGCUUUGGUAAACUGUUGGCGUAAGUUGCAUCUAUAGAAAAUACAAAUAGUCUACCAAUACUAGCUUACUGUAUUACUAAUUUAAUGUAAAUAGAAGUGAUAUUCGCGGAGCAAAAGAAUAUCUUUGAGUUACGUCGGAACUGAUGUUCUAUUUUAAGACAUUAUUAUACUGACUGACCUCAUAAUUGGCGUGUUUGUAUAUAAAAUUAGUAAGUUAAUAUGUAAAUAGUUUAUAUUUAAUUAAAUUAAUAAUAUUGUACAUUAAUUUAGUGGCUUUUGGCUUGUUAUUAAUAAACAGAGUUUUAUUUGUUAUCUUUGUAAAAUAAUAAUUGUUUUUUAUGACUUCGAGUUGGCUUUUGUUGUGACUGUUUCAAGAUUAAUGUCGUAUCGUUUUAUUUAUAGCGUCUAUGUUAGUGACAGAAAUCGAUAUAAUUACUUCAGUGCGUUGCGUAGGACACCGGUGACCUACACGGGAGUCAAAGGGCUAAACUCCACUUUGCCCGGUCUUAAAUUGCUGUACAUUAAAAAAAACCAUCGCUGCCACAUCUCAGCUUCUACAGACGUUGUGUUCUGUUUUAGUAUCAUAUUUUAAUAAAUAAACAUUAUUAUUAUUACUAGUAGUCGCCUGGUUGUUGAAAUUCGACUUCUAUAAUCACAAAUUUCGCCAAGACUACACUAUAGAAAAAUAAUAAUAAAGACAAACAAUAUUUAUUCUAUUCUCAAUUUGACCACAGACGUCAAGAACAAAAGUAUGACAGUAAAUAAAUAGUAUGCAUGCGUGUGUGCGUCAAAUACAUGGUAUGUGGUGUGUGUAAUAAUUUUUUUAUUGAUUUAAUGUAUUUUUUAGGCAUCAUUAAAGAAAAAAUAUUAACAUUCCGCAUUCCUUCUCUACAUUCUCUAUAAGUGUGGGAAAUUUCAUACUCCCACUGUCCGCGCAAUUUUCAUCAAAAGGGAUACAAAGUUUUCCCUUCACGUAUUAAUACAUAGAUUAACUUAAUGUAGCUUUUUCGGUAACUAAGCUUUAUUCGCUUUGUAAUAAGUUGCGUUCGAACCGUUAUCGAAUGAAAUCGGUGUAAAUUGUUUGUUAAAAAUGUAUGAUUCGGCUAAAAUUAGUUAGUUUCACAUGUAAAUAAUUAAUUUAUGUUCUUUACUCGUUUAUUAUUAAAGUUAUUAACAAAUUAA